ACUAGACUAUUAAUAGUACUAGUACGGUACAAACGCCUCCACGAACUGGAACAGCACCACCACUCACCACCUUCCCUCUUCCCUCUCCUAUUCUUUGAAAAACUCUCACUUUCAUAAAACCACAAAACCACCACUUGCCAAUAGCUAGCUACUGUAGUAGUAAUCAGAUCGAUAUGAGUUCCCUGCUAGCACUUCUGCCCUCUGUCGGCAAACCCACUGCUAAGAAAGCCAUGGCGGAUGUUUCUCUGUCUGUGAGCAGCUCCAACCACAAGCGUCGAGGCGAGGAUGGCUCAGGCAGCACAUCUAGAUUCUCACCCAAUGUCUCGCCCAAGCGAUCUCCCAAGAGCACUGCUACCGGUAGCAGAAGCAAAGACCGAGUGGCUCGAUCAGAUAGAAACAAAGAUACUAGCACCAGUAGAAAGAGUCCUCCUCGAUUGACCCGAAACUUGUCACUCAAAGAAGGCGACCACCAGAACAAGAAGAAAGCUGCUCCGUUGUGUCGCACAAUGUCCCUAGCUUCAGGGCAGCACAAGUUUGAGCGCAAGAGCACCAAUGGGAAGGUCCAGCUAUAGUUAGAGUUAGCUAUAGCUAGCUAUAGUAGCUAGCUAUAGCUACCGUACGGCAGAGCAAGCAAUAGGUUAAGGAAGGAAGGGGGUGUUGCCCAGGGAUCUCCCGAACAGCCAGAAAGCCAAGAACUGUACACAAUUACAUAACUAAGUCUUAGUAGAACGUACAUGUAGAAUCC